UGGGUCGGGGUGCGCGCGCUGUGCAAUUUAUCAAUUCGAGCUCGGAGCUGGUCCAUCGGGGAGCCAGUUUUUUCCUCAACAUUAUUGGGAGGGCAGCAGCAGCAGCAGCAACAGCCCUCUCGACUCGAUCGCAUACUGAUCGAACAGUUCUACCUCCAAUACCAUUUCACUUCUUAGUCGUUGAUUGUACGGGCUUGUGGCAACAGCUGGGUACCCCGCGCGGAAAGAUAGUGCUUAUCGCAGCGUUGUCGCGAAGAACCAGUUCAGACGGUGUUUGUUUUCGGUGAUAGUUAUCACGAAAUGGAUCGAUCUCAAGUCUACUUUUCGGUGGUGAUUGUUCUGGCGCUUCCGGUUGCUUGGAGUAAUCCGUUGGGAAAGAAUGUGUUCGCCUCGCAGCACGAUGACGGGUCGGAGUUUAAGGACAAGGCCGCCGACGAGGAGCUUCGCAAAGUGACCUGGGUUGGCGAUACUCCUGUCCAUGCUCUUGAAUCGUACGACAAUCCGCCCCACAUUGACAACGCCGCCCGGGAAAAAGACAACUUUCCAUCGAACAUCUUCAGCAAGUUUGACAACUCCCAGAAGAAAGUGAAGGACUGGUUCGAUACGCCACCACUAAUCGACACCAUCAAAGAAUCGGACAAGUAUGGAAACGAAGGCGAUCAGUUCUACUUCAUUACCCGGCCGCUGGUCAAGCUGACGGAAACCGUAUCAAAUACCAUCAACAAGGCCAUCGCGGCUCCGACUCAACUCUACCGGUCGGCGAAAAAGGUCGUAUCCGAAAAACUAAACGACGUCGGUGCAGGAUUGGUCGGAUUGAGGAAAUAGUUCCAUAAGUUGUGAUACUUGUAAAAAAAUCUUAGCCAUUCUAGAUAGUUUGUAAGGAUUUCCUAGACUGAUCUACCAAAUUCACCGUUCUGCGUCAAUGUUAAUCGAUAGUUUAGUUUUAGAGAAAAAUAUACUUUAUUCGAGUCAAGUUGA